GAUGGCCACGUGAUGUGCUACGUGGAGGAGGGUUGAACUACAUCGCCCAUGAUGCACUGCGCAAGUCAGUGGCAUUUUAAUGGUUGUUGAAACCUGUGGUUGUGAGCGGCUGAUGGCUCCGUGGCUCCGACAUCGCCAUGGAAACGGAGUACGGGAAAAUAUUGUCCUGCCGCUCGGACAGUGGGAGUGGGGACGACUCUUUGGACCGCCUUCUGCCUCCAGCUGGGGCCCCUCGCAGAAAGAGUGCGACCUCCAUGAGUAAAACAGAGCCUCCUCUGCUUCGCACAGGCACCCGCACCAUCUACACCGCGGGCCGGCCCCCAUGGUACAACGAGCAUGGCACACAGCCCAAAGAAGCCUUUGUCAUUGGGCUGUGCGGGGGCAGCGCCUCAGGGAAAACCACUGUGGCUAAUAAGAUCAUAGAGGCUCUGGACGUGCCUUGGGUAGUGCUGCUGUCCAUGGACUCCUUCUACAAGGUUUUAUCACCAGAGGAGCAGGUCCUGGCAGCAAGCAACGACUACAAUUUUGACCAUCCAGCGGCCUUUGAUUUCGAGCUGCUGGUGGCUACGCUGCGAAAACUAAAACAGGGUAAAAGCGUGAAGAUUCCUGUGUAUGACUUCACAACUCACAGUAGGCACAAAGACUGGAAAAAUGUCUAUGGUGCUAGCGUAAUCAUAUUUGAGGGAAUUAUGUCCUUUGCAGACAAACAGCUCCUUCAGCUCUUGGAUAUGAAAAUCUUUGUGGACACAGACUCGGAUAUCCGAUUGGUCCGCAGGUUACGGAGGGACAUCACAGAGAGGGGGCGGGACAUUGAAGGCGUGAUUAAGCAAUACAACAAGUUUGUGAAGCCUGCGUUUGACCAGUACAUUGAACCGGCUAUGAGGCUGGCUGAUAUAGUAGUGCCAAGAGGUGGUUGUAACAUGGUGGCCAUAGAUCUGAUAGUGCAGCAUGUAUACAGCCAACUGGAGAAGCGUGAGCUCAACGUCAGGGCGCUCCUGGCCUCAGUGCAGCAGACACAUCCUCUACCUCAGACGCUCUGUGUUCUGGAGAGUACCCCGCAGGUUAAAGGCUUACACACCAUUAUCAGAAACAAGGAAACAAGUCGAGAUGAGUUCAUUUUCUACUCAAAGAGGCUCAUGAGGCUGCUCAUCGAACGUGCUUUAACAUUUCUUCCCUCUCAGACGUGUGUGGUCCAGACUCCACAGGGACAGCAGUAUGAAGGGCGGCAUUUUAACGGGAAGGGGAUCACUGGAGUGUCCAUUCUUCGAGCAGGAGAGACCAUGGAGCCGGCUCUCAGGGCUGUGUGCAAAGACGUCCGCAUCGGAAAAAUCCUCAUCCAAACCAACAUGGACUCAGGAGAACCAGAGCUGCAUUACCUGCGUCUGCCCAAAGACAUCAGUGAAGAUCAUGUCAUCCUCAUGGACAGCACCGUUUCCACAGGAGCAGCAGCCAUGAUGGCAGUGAGGGUCCUACUGGACCACGAGGUGCAGGAGGACCGGAUUGUCUUGGUCUCUCUCCUGAUGGCAGAGCUUGGGGUCCAUUCUGUGGCCUAUGCUUUCCCAAAAGUUAAAAUCAUCACAUCUGCAGUGGACAAGAGCCUGGACGACUCCUUACACGUGAUUCCUGGUAUAGGGGAUUUUGGAGACCGUUACUUUGGAACAGACGGAUUGGAUGACUGGAGUGAAGAGGAAGACCAGGAGCCGAGCUGUUAACACAAACAACUGUGAUCAAUAACGUUAUAUUUCACACUAUCAGGCCAAAUAAUAUAUAUUUUCCUGUAAGAGAUGGGACAUUUCACAAACAAAUUCAUUUACUAUUUAUUUUGAUACUUUGCAUAACAAUAAGCAGAAAUGGGCACAACACAAACCAAUGCUGCUAAAAUAUUCAAUUUAUUUUUAACACAAUGGCAAGAAAGCAGUUGUGUAUUUUUAAGUUAUGGGUGCAAUAAUAGUUUUCUAAACAGGUAAAUUCUUAGGAUCCUGGAUGGUAUGGAAUUUUCAUUCAUAGUUACAUGUUACAUUAUGAACAGUUUUUCCAGUUUCUCUCAGGGUUCACACACUGGUCUCUCUGCUCUUCUUGUGAUACACUUUCAAGCCAGAAGGUGUCAGUAUUGCUCAUUUUAAGCUUCUCCGUUUGAUUUAUGGCAUGUUCCUUUUAAGAUAUCAUUCAUUGUUAUAGUCCGGAAGAAAACUACACAAGCUGGUCUCGCAUUCUCAGCUACUACAGAUGGAAAAUAAUGGGUUUUAAGACUAACAAGUGAAUUUCACAUGUGAUGGAUAACAAAGACACAAACAUGAAUUUAUACUGUAUGUAACUAUAGUAUA